GAAGAGGAAGAAGAAGAAGAAGAAGAGGAACAGACUGGUUUACAGGCGGAACGCGGUCUGACAGCUGGACGGGGUCUGAGGAGGGUCUGAACGGGGUCUGACAGCUGGACGGGGUCUGAAGGGGGUCUGAAGAGGGUCUGAAGGGGGUCUGAACAGGGUCUGAAGGGGGUCUGAACGGGGUCUGAAGGGGGUCUGAAGGGGGUCUGAACAGGGUCUGAAGAGGACUGUGAUGAAGAGCAGGAGGGUCUGAAGAGGAGCGACCAACCUGUCAGCACACAGUCAUGGAUGCAGAAAGCGGGGAGCACUUUCUGGGAGGUGGCGGUGGUGAAGGAGGUAUGUUGGCCGACAGCUGGCAGCUCGCCACUCCUUUCUCCUCCGACCUGGUAUUCAGCAGCUCAGAGGAUCCGCUGCAGGACUGGGCCAUGGACCCUGAGGGUACGCUGAAUGACAGCGAGUCAGAGGACAUCCUUCAUGGUGUCGACCCAAACGAGGUGUUUCCUAGCGGGCCGCCUGCCAAGUCCUCGUCUGAGAGCGACAGUGGUGUCUCCGAGGACCCCGUGGUUCCCUUCAGCACAGCGACCGCAGCGAGCAUCCUACCCGUCUAUCAGGUGGUUUAUGACAUCGGCAGCCUGGGCAGCCCGAAGAAUGAACCUGGACAAGAGAACGUCAUCUCCAUAGAGCUCGAUGGCUGGAGCUCUCAGGUGUUGUUUUCAGACUCAUGCAUUGUGAACCAGCUGCCCGUGGUUCGCCUCGAUGACCCCCAGAGCCCGGACGGUGAUAUGUUGUUGACUGAGGAGGAACAAAAGCUACUGACACAGGAAGGAGUUUCUCUGCCCAACAACCUUCCUCUCACCAAGGCAGAGGAAAGAAUCCUAAAAAGAGUUCGGAGAAAAAUCCGCAACAAGCAGUCGGCUCAGGAUAGCCGGAGGAGGAGGAAAGAGUACGUUGACGGGCUGGAGAGCAGGGCAGUAACUUGCUCAGCACAGAACAAAGAGCUGCAGACGACGGUGGAGCACCUGAAAAAACACAACAUGUCUCUGCUGGCUCAGCUGGGACGGCUUCAGUCUCUGAUCAAAGAGACGGUCAGUAAAGGAGCCCAAACCAGCACCUGCUUACUGCUCGUCCUCGUCUCUCUUGGUCUGAUCAUCAUGCCUAGCUUCAGUCCGUUCAGCCGCAACUCGUCUGCAGAUGAUGACUACAGACCCACAGGAGUUGUUUCCAGAAACAUCUUGACAGAUCCCUUCUCCCAGCCGACAGCAGAUGAUGGCAAUGUUUCAGCUGUGCAGUCCGACUCCUCGUCACCGCACUUUGAACUCGGCCAAUCAGGAUCUCCGGUGGGCACCGCCAUCCUCCAAGAACCAAUAGUAAACCCUGAAAAUACAGGCUUUGAUGAGCUGACUCCAGAGGGGAGCCAAUUGGGGAACAGCUCGGCUCUCGUUUCCGGACAAACUGAGCCGCUGGUUCUCGGUCAGAGGAAAGGAAGCCGUGAUCCUGCCAAACCUGCGCACGCUGACGAGAUGUAGACCCCGAUAAAGGGGUUUCAUGUUCGACGUUUAACUCGGUCAUAACCAGUAAUGACUGCUCUGAAUAAUCGCUGCAAUGAAUUCAUUAAUCGGUCGUUGACCUUUUAUGUAAAUCUGGUUCUAGCUUCAAUGAAAAGUUAUGCAUUCUUGUUUGAGUUAGUUGAGAAAUUAGUAAUGUGCAAUGAAGAGAUGUAAAUUUGCCCAUAAGGAGAGAGAGAGAGAGAGACAAGAAAGGAGCUCAGUGUAUCCUAAAACGUCCCCCAGCAGCCU